ACAAAGGAGGAGGCGGCGCGGGGCCGCCCCCCCUCACGUGCACAAGUCACCGAAAUGGCUCAGAAACUAGGCUCGCCAUUAUCAGGGCAGCCAAACAGCAGCUCCUCUAGCUGAAAUCAGGAAGUGCCUCCUGCACCGGGCUCCCGGGAUCACCGUACCCGAAACCUCCUGGGUCCGGUGCACAGGAAUCCGCUCGCCCCGUUCAACCCGGUGCGAGAGACACCGUCCAGCGGAGUCGUUGCAGCGAUGGGGACGGCCACAGGGGCAGACUACUUCCGGAGGGGCAACCUGCUGUGGCUGACAGUCGUCACCGUCUCCUUAAGCUACUACACGUGGGUGGUCUUCUGGCCUCAGAGCAUCCCUUACCAGAGCCUUGGGCCCCUGGGUCCCUUUACAAAGUACUUGGUGGACCACCAUCACACCCUCCUAAGGAAUGGGUAUUGGCUUGCUUGGCUGAUUCAUGUGGGAGAGUCCUUAUAUGCCUUGGUGUUAUGCAAGUAUAAAGGAAUCACAGCCUGCAAGGCCCGGCUCCUCUGGUUCCUACAGACUUUCCUCUUUGGCUUAGCUUCUCUUUCCAUCCUGAUUGCUUACAGACCAAAGCGCCAAAAACACAAUUAAAGGAGCAAUAGAAAUGAAACUGAGACAUUCUUCAGUCAAAGGUACAUUCCCCCUGCUAGAACCUCCAAACAAGCUGUCAAGAACGGAGCAGCCAGAGGAUGGGGAGAAGAGCAGGGUCUUCCAGACGUGACGUUGCAUCCGUGAAUUCAUUGCAGCUGCAGUCAGUGACAUGCUCGAGAUCGGAACCCAUCGCCUGUUUCAUCACGCACAUGGGAGGGCAAAUGAUGCCCCACGCUCCCCGUGAAGGGACUGUGGGAAGCUAAUGAACGCUAGAGAGGAAGUAUGGCGCUGGUCAGUGGGGUAGCCGCCGCCAAGACAAAGAUAUGAAAACAGGAGGAGGGAGGCCAGUGGCUGAACACAACCAAACUCCAUUACGUUCCUGUGUGAGACGGUCAAAUGUCUUAACACUCUUACCGAUUCUCUGAGAAUUUCACACAAUGCUUCUUGAACACGUUCCCGCCCCCAACUCCUCCCAUAACCACCUUCUUCACUCCCCCCCAAUCCUUCCCACUCAACCUUGAAUUUUCUAAUCCUCCAACCCCCAUCAAACCCAUUUUGCUUUGCCCAGCUUGUCUUGGCCUGGCCCUGACGUGCAUUCUACCAACCAAGGGUCAAAUCAGUAAAGAAAACUCGCCCUGGAGCUAUCAGAUGCCAACGGCUCUUCCGCAGGUGGUGGGAUUUUGUGCUCACCUUCUCUGCUGAGAGUCUGUCUGUUUGGGCUUGUACAGGUUUUUUUGUUUGUUUGUUUGUUUGUUUGUUUGUUUGUUUUUGGUGUUUUGAGACAGGGUUUCUCUGUGUAGCUUUGGAGGCUAUCCUGGAACUCACUCGGUAGACCAGGCUGGUCUCGAACUCACAGAGAUCCGCCUGCCUCUGCCUCCCAGGUGCUGGGAUCAAAGGCGUGCACCACCGCCGCUGGGCUCUAAGAAUAUUUUAAAAGAACCAUGUCUUCAAGAACUUCCUGCUUCAAUUCCUGAGAGUCCAAUGCUUGUUCAUUGACCUGGGAUUAUUUACCCAGGACAGUCAUGAUUCAUUUCCUUUUCCUUUGAUGCUACUGGGAAUAAAAUGAGCCUAUCAAGAAGAGGCAGAGCCCUCCAAAAGGACAGACAGAUAUGCAUGAAUCUGUACUUCCCAAGAAACAGGUGGUGCACAGUGACCCUCUGAGAGUCAGUGACAACAGGACACUCAUUUUCAUUCAAUUUUCAAGUUAACAUUCAAAGAAUGUUAACGUGUGUGUGUCUGUGUGUGUGUGUUUAUACAACAAAGCCCUGUUCAAUCUUUUGUUGCUGUACUGUUUGCCCUUCUGAGCAAAAGGCAAUGAGCAGGGUUUUGCACCUUUGA